AUGGCUGUAAUUUAUGUUGAUGGAGAACAACCAUUAUGCAUUAGUGGCGAUAGUGGAGGUGGCAUAUUUCUAUGGAGCAUUAGUGUCCCUAUGGGGAAAGAACCAUUAAAGAAAUGGUAUGAGAAAAAAGAUUGGCGUUAUAGUGGAAUUCAUGCUUUGACCAGUGCGGGGAAUGGAUAUCUCUACACUGGCAGUGGAGAUAGGUCAGUUAAGGCUUGGUCAAUGCAGGAUGGGACCCUUUCAUGCACUAUGGAUGGUCAUAAAUCAGUAGUUUCCACGUUAGCAGCAUGUGAUGGGAUUCUCUAUAGUGGGAGCUGGGAUGGAACCAUCCGUCUGUGGAGUCUAACUGAUCAUAGUCCUUUGACGGUGUUGGGGGAUGACAUGCCAGGAACUCCGACCUCUGUCUUGUCUCUCAUUGUAAACAAGAAUAUACUUGUUGCAGCCCAUGAAAAUGGACAGAUAAAGGUAUGGAGGGACGAUGUGUUCAAGAAAUCUGCACAAUCCCAUAGCGGUGCCAUUUUGGCUAAUGUCAUGGAGGGGAAAUGGCUAUUCACAGGAGGUUGGGACAAAAUUAUCAAUGUACAGGAGUUGUCUGGAGAUGAAUUUCAGGUAGAUAUCAGAUCCAUUGGAUCAAUCCCAGGAGGUUCUGUGGUAACAGCUUUGUUAUGCUGGCAAGGAAAGCUUUUUGUUGGUCAUGGAGAUAGGACUAUCAAGGGAACAAAAUAUAUUCCUUGGACAAUGCUGCAGAUGCCAUUAAGCCGCUGA